AUGUGGGUGCCCACCAUCGACGCGUCGGGGAUGCCCGCCUUCGUGCAGCCCGGCAUGAUGGGCAUGAACGGCAUGGGCAUGCCUGGGAUGCCCAGCAUGCCUGGGAUGCCUGGCAUGCCUGGGAUGCCUGGCAUGCCCGGCAUGCCUGGCAUGCCCGGCAUGGCGGCCAUGGGGCUGCCUGGCAUGGGUAUGGGCACGGCCGUGCCGGGAUGUGCAGGCGCGCGCGAAGAGGGCGCUGGAGACGCGCCAAAGCCAAGGGGAGGCGAGAAGGCAGACCGAGACGUGCGUCGGCUCGGCAGCCACUUUGGAAUCGGCCAAGGGACGGUGGAGAGGUUGGAUGAGAUCAUGGAGAAGAGGCAGCAGACCAAAGAAAGGGACCUGGCCAAGCUGUACGAGGUGCUGGACACGGCCCGAAGUCCGGAGAGAUUGCUCACUGCCAAGAUGGAGGAGAUGGAGCUGGGGCAAUUCGUGGCCAACUUCAAGCACGACGAGAAGAUCGAGAGGUUCGCCGAGGAGCACGCUCUCAACGAGACAGCGAGGUGCCGCCUUGUUGAGCUCCGCGUGCGCCGCAAAGGGCGGCAAGACGAGGACAUGGCGAAGCUGGCGCAGCACCUCUGCUGCUGCUCCGACCCGUCCUUCACUGCCAUCUCGCUGGUGAAGAAGGUCGUGCAGGGCAGGUUCGACGACUUCCCAGACAUGACGCGCGCCGGGGCCAUCGCCCAGCGCUUCCAGCUGGACGAGGCCUCGCUACGGAAGCUGCGCGAUGUGGUCGAGAAGCGCGCCGAUGACCUCAGUGCCGUGUUGGACCACGUCGAGGAGGUUCUGGCUGCCGCGUACUCCCCGGCGGCGACCUUGGUGAAGGUGGCGCCGACGCUCCUCUCUGGCGAGCUGCUGGCCCCCGAGGAGAUCGAGGUUCUGAAGCUCGAAGCGCGCCAACAGGCGCGAAGAGAGGAGCUGAAGCGCAAGCAGGCCCAAAAGAAGCCGAAGAAGGCAAAGAAGAAGAAAAAGAAAAGCUCCUCCAGCUCCGACGAGGCGACGUCGAGCUCCGGCUCGAGCUCGAGCUCCAGCUCCAAGCAGAAGAAGCGUAAGCAGAAAGAAAAGAAAGCCAAGAAGAAGAAGAAGGACAAGAAGGCGAAGAAGGAGAAGAAGCCGAAGUGA